AUGCAGACCAUGUACAGCAGCAAGGGGUGGGACUCGUACGCCUGGGCUUUCCAGGCGGAGUAUGAGUAUGCUGAUAUUUUGAUCCACAACCCUGGUGUUGAGGAGGAUGCUGCUUGUGGGCCGUUGAUCGAUUCUGUUGCCAUCAGGGCCUUGUACCCUCCUAGGCCCACCAACAAGAGCGCUAUCGCCCAGGUCGCACGCACCGUCCCGGGGACCUCCUACACCUUGACCUUCCCCGUCGGCGACGCCAGCAACGCUUGCGCCGGGUCCAUGCUCGUCGAGGCCUUCGCCGGCAGGGACACUCUCAAGGUGCCCUACAGCUCCGGCGGGAAGGGCGGAUUCAAGCGGGCGGUGCUCCGGUUUGUGGCGGUUUCGACCCGGACCCGGAUCAUGUUCUACAGUAGUUCGUUUUACCAUUUGCGGAGCGACGACUUCUCGUCGCUGUGCGGUGCGGGCCUGUGA